CUGACACAUGGUGCAAGAAAUAGCCAACACCCUUCAAACAAAGUCCCCUCCUCUAUCCUCAACAGCUCCUACUCCAUUCUCCUGCGCGUUGCAGCAUGUCACUGGCUUGCAACCACUCAUACAAACACUGUCACCAAGGCCAUGGGGAUGCUACUCUACAAAGUUAAAAAUGAUGUCCCAAUCAACCUAGGAAAGCUGAUUGUGUCCCAGUUUGCUGAAUUUGGAAAAAGAAACUACAAGCAAAAUGAUAAUGGUCUGCCUUUUCUUGUUCUAAUCUUUCAGAUGCUUGUUUCCCAAGGGUUUGUCAAAGAUGAUGCUGACAAGGAUGAACCACCAGAGCCACUACUGCAGAUCAACUACAGGCACUUUGAUGGCAAUCACUUCAAUAACAUGGAGCCCGCUCAAAGUACAUCUAAGAAAAGAGUGUCAGCUGUGAUUCAAUACCUGGAUGCCAAGCUACAACCUAACAAGGAAGAAAUGAGUGUGACGCAUGCAAAACAGACAGCACUUGAGGAGGAGCACAAGCAUCUUACAUGGCUUAGAGAAAUUGUUGCUGACAGUGCUGUAGCAGAGGGUGGAUCUACCAAGGGGGAGAGCUGUAGCAGAGGGUCUUUCUAGAGCUCUCAAUUUAUCUAUGAAGUCAUCCUACAUCACCAACUACAACACUGGAAGAGAUAUGAUGAUAAGCCAUCUUGCUUUCGCAGAUGACAUUAUCAUUUUCUGUAAUGGAGAGUGUAAAAAUAUUUAUAAACUCAAACAUAUUCUCAAUAUGUACAUGGAGGCCUCUGGACAGCAGAUUAACUAUGAAAAGAGUAAAUUUUACUGUGGGAA